AAGGCCUUUGAUUUCGAGGGGAGGGGGGUCCUGGCUGUCCGGGAAGGAUUCCGUUUGCCCUGGGGCUUGGAUGCCACCACUGAGAGUGAAGUAAUCCUGACCGACACGGAGGCAGGUGCUCUGUACCGCUUGACGGCCAACUUCCAGAAGGGGAAAUUGAAGAAGUGUCAGAUGAUCUGGUCUCAACUCAUCAGCCCAAGAGGGGUUGCAGUCUCCCAGACCUCGGGUGCCAUCGUGGUAAUAGAGCACCUGAAAACUCAGGGACCGAACAACAGCAGCAGCCGAGUGAAGAUAUUCAGUGCAGAAAUGGAUCUCGUUGGCCAGAUGGAUAGCUUCGGUCUGAACCUUGUUUUCCCCUCCAAAAUAUAUGCUACAGCUGUGGCCUUUGACAAAGAAGGACGUGUUAUAGUAACGGAUGUCUGCAGCCAGGCUGUAAUAUGCUUAGGGAAACCUGAGGAGUUUCCCAUUUUUACCCCUCUGAUUAGCCAUGGGCUUUCCUACCCUGUAGGGCUGACUUACAUGGCAAACAAUUCCCUCGUUGUUUUAGACAGUGGUGAUCAUUCAAUAAAAAUAUAUAGCUCCACCUGA